AUGGCAGUGAUGUCUUUCCGGAAAGCUUCCCUGUCCACCAAUAUGAGGGCCCUACAUCCAAGAUCUAGAACCUCCCGAAAUCACCCAGUCAAUACAGCCCAAGUCCGAACACUCUGGUGGUGGGGACGGCAGACAGGGAACCCUUGGUCUCCUCCCGAGGAUUUUGAAGAGCGUGUGAGAAGACAUCACAAGAUUAUGAAGUCAAGAUACUACAAAGUACUCCGAAGAAGAGCAUUAUGGGAGUCAGAAGAUACGUAUAUUCGACCGUGGCGUCACCAUCGCCUUUGGGCAAACCGAUAUUGCGAUUACAAGCCAUUGUCUUCCACAGGAGCCUCAGGCCAGGAAGCAAAAGAGCCUGGUAAUGAACAAGCCAAUGAGGCUCAGACGAUAUACAAAGACUUCGAUGCUUUCCGCGCGGCUGUUGAUCGUGCUAUCGCACGAGACCCGUACGGGACAUUGUUCGGAAGACGGUUGCAAAGUCCUCCAUCUUCCAACAACUCGUCAUGGACAUCUUUCUCCUGGUUCUCAGACCCGAAGGAGAUCAAGAACGACUCAAGUGUCAAGGAUCCAGAUCCUACGCCGAGCAUGGCUACAAAAAGCCCGACAGAGAGUGGGACCUUAUUCUCCGAAACAGGCCCAGACAAGCAACCAAGUCAGAGCUCGGGCAUGGAUGUUAGCAAGGAAGAAUAUGAAUAUGACCCAAUCUCCAUGAGGAAGGUUCCCAUAAAGAAGCAAUCAGCUGAGCCUGAACAAAUGGAAGAGCCUGAGCGAGAGCAACGAUCAGGAACCCCCGAUCCGAAAACCCAAUCGGAGCAGCCCAAGCCAGAAAAUUCAUCGUCGGACGAUCAGCCAAGGCAGCCGUUCUUGAAAACCCUGUUCUUCCAAGAACAUGGAGUUGACAUACCAGUCAAGACUUACAAGCCUCACAGAGUCUACGGCUACAGCGCUUCAGAAAAGAAGCCGACUGAUGAACAUACAAACCCGUCUACGAAGAGUGAGGGUUUCGACAGCUCCAGAAAACAAGAACUUCGGGAUCUGAUGACACGAGCCAAGGGUAACAACAUAGACACCACGGCUCUGUUUACAGAAGUUAACGCACAACCAGAGUCGGAGACCACCACAAGCGAAACCACUGCUCCUAAGAAGACUCGAGACUUGCCUGAGCCAGAUGACAGUCUGCCGCUAUUCUCAGGAACCACGUACGAGGCAAAGGCCAGGAGGGAAGCAGACACCAAUGCGUCAGAUUGGCUGGUCAGAGAAGGUUUCCGGCAAAAGAAUGCAGAGUCGGUAAAAGCCACAGACGUGCAGACCGCUUCGAUUGAUGAGACGAUUGUGGAAAUGAAGAGUAGGCUUCAGCCGGCCCUCGACAGGGUGAAGACACGGGCUGCCCACGAUCAUGAGGACAAGUUGGCCAGGCUGCAGACUGCCCUUGACCGGCACAUGUCUGCUUCCAUGCGGCUUUCUUCUCCGACAAAGAAAGAAACACGAACGAGCGAUGCAGUGGUGGCUUCUACCGAGGAGAAAACGGAGGCUGAAGACUCGAAGAAGACAGCAAGGGCAAAACUUGAAACAGAUUUCGAGGCCCGACAGAAAGACGCCGCAGACGAAGAUAUCAUCUCGCCCAAGACCCUGAAGCUCGAAACUCCCACCAAAAAAUUGACUAAAACACUCAACAAUGUCUGGGAGCAUAUCCGCGAAUAUCCCAAUGGAAUCGUUGCCAAAACGAUGAAGUCCAUGACAAACUUCAACGAGAACUACAAGAAGUAUAUCCGGCCCGAUGCGGUGAAGGGACUGACCGACAAGCUCGUCUUCAAAGACGAAUCGCUAAGCAACACACCUUCCAUCUACAAGUCCAACGGCAAAGCCCAAACAUUGGCGACUUUCACACCGUCACACAAUGUCCUCGCCGAUGAGAAAAAAGGCAUGGAACGGACAGCUGGCUUGCGCGAGGCGACGGAGAACGCGAAGAGGGAUGCAGAAGUGCAAAAGACCCAGAUGUCGCAGUUGGCUGCAGAUAUACAAGCAGUCUACGAGAGCGAAUACGGGCCCAUUAAUCCCGAACAUAGGCAGCCAACACAACCCUCUCGUGAUGUCGAAGCUGCGUCUUCUACGUCCACCGCUUCUGAGCAGAACCCAGCCAGACCUCACCCGCUCUCUGUUGCGAGCGUCCGACCGGGAGUUACCACAAACCCAGUGAUUGAUGACCAUAUCAGCAAAUUCGAGCCCAAAUUUGCAAGGCUCGUUGACGAGGCGAAGCAGAUCCGUGCGGAGCUUCGAGUUGUUGACGUCAAGUCUCAGGAGCUCGAGGGCCUGCGACAGGCUGCAAGUCAAGCAGGAGCCAAAGAACAAGCGGAAGAAACCAAAGCACCUCUCCACAAGUUGAGCGACGUCAUGCAAGGGGCAAAAGAAGUGAGAAGGGAAUUGCAUGAAGCUCAGAACACGAUAAGACGGAUUGAAAGUGGAAGACCAGCAAUUGCUUGGAGUGCUCCUCAGUUGUCAGGCUCCGACUUUGGCAAGAAAAGGAUUGACCUUAAAGUGCAGAAGAGUCCCAGUGCGAUCAAAGCCCCACGCGAGAGCGUAGCUGAAAAGAACACAAACAUUGGGGCUGAGGUACAGAGGACAGCACCGAGUCCAAGUGAGAUGGAGCCGAAAACGGUUCCCGAACCGAUCCACACCCCAUCGGGAUCACCUGUUUGGAACGAUGAGCAACCUCCGCCCAUCGAGAGCAUGAAAAUGAGAAAGUUUGACUCUCCCUACCUCCUUCUGACGUACGACAGCUCGACUGAGAAGGUCAACUUCUCUCCAAUGAAUCAACCAACCACGGAAAUGCCCAAGUCCAACAAUGUGAUUGGUAUUUUAGGACGCCUCAAAAAUGCUCCAGAAUUUCUCAAGCAUUUCCAAACAAUGCAAAGAGCAGGAUAUUCGCUGUACAAUGGCACCGAGAACAUGUUGAUUUUCCAGAAGAAGCAAUCAGAACAUGCCACAGGCCCAACUGUGCCAAAGGCUAUCACAGAGGCAAAAUCACUGACGGAAGAGGUGACAACGACACCCGGAGCCAAUGUUUCUCCUCAAACCGAUCAGGAAGCUGCCACAGUGUUGGAUGAAUUGCCCUCCGAGUUGAAUCCACUCCCCGGGCCAGCAGCACCCACGGCCCCUCCAUCUCGUCCGAUCGGAAAUCAGCCAAAGGUGAGAAGGCAAGAGAAUGUCUUCUCUGGAACAAUCCGUCCGAAUGCGUCGUCCUCGUCGUCAUCCCAUGCGACGGACGAAAAGGCUUCAGCAUCGAACUCUGACAAGGGUAGUCAUGAUAAACAAGGCGAGAGCCUCUGGAAGCGACUCACGCGCGGAGUGAGAUACACGCUUUUUACUCUCACUGCUCUGAGUCUAGGCGCGUACUCUAUCGGCUUUGUCGCAGAAGGGCUGAGUGCUCACGCCCAGCAGCAAAGAGGGAUCGUUGAUGGAGAAGCCCAAGGACCGAGAAAGCGGAUUGUCAUGACAGGCCAGAGACCGGGGAUAUUCAGCACAGAAAGUUCUCGCUGA